CACUUCCAUGAUGGCAGGAAGGCACAACAACAUCUUGAAACUUGCUGGAAACAACUGGAAGCAAGUAAGAGGCGCUUUGAGCGUGAUUGCAAAGAAGCUGAUCGAGCACAGCAGUAUUUUGAGAAAAUGGAUGCUGACAUCAAUGUUACAAAAGCAGAUGUUGAAAAGGCAAGACAGCAAGCCCAGCUGCGACAUCAAAUGGCAGAAGACAGCAAAGCAGAGUAUUCUUCCACUUUACAGAAGUUCAACAGUGAGCAGCAUGAUCAUUACUACACACACAUACCAACCAUCUUCCAGAAAAUACAAGAGAUGGAGGAAAGAAGAAUCGUGAGGAUAGGUGAAUCCAUGAAAACUUUCGCAGAGGUCGACCGCCAAGUGAUCCCCAUCAUUGGGAAGUGUCUGGAUGAAAUAACGAAGGCUGCAGAAUCAGUGGAUCACAAGAAUGAUUCACAGAUGGUAAUAGAAGCCUUUAAAUCGGGGUUCGAGCCUCCAGGAGAUAUCGACUUUGAGGAUUUCACGCAGCCCAUGAAGCGAGCUGUCUCAGAAUCCAGCCUUUCCAACUCCAGAGGGGAGGGCAAGUCUGAGCCGAAGUUCGGUGGCAAAUCCAAGGGCAAGUUAUGGCCAUUCAUCAAGAAAAAUAAGCCCCCUCCUCCUCCCCCUGCCUCUGCCUCACCCUCUGCUGUUCCCAACGGCCCCCAGUCUCCCAAGCAGCAAAAGGAACCCCUCUCCCAUCGCUUCAACGAGUUCAUGACCUCCAAACCCAAAAUCCACUGCUUCAGGAGCCUAAAGCGCGGGCUUUCUCUCAAGCUGGGAGCAGGGCCAGAAGACUUCAGCAAUCUCCCACCUGAGCAGAGAAGAAAGAAACUUCAGCAGAAAGUCGAUGAACUAAACAGAGACAUUCAGAAGGAGAUGGAUCAGAGAGAUGCCUUAACGAAAAUGAAAGAUGUGUAUAUCAAGAAUCCACAGAUGGGAGAUGCAGCCAGCGUGGACCAGAGAUUAGCAGAACUUGGACAGAACAUUGAGAAGUUACGAUUAGAAGUUCAGAAGUUUGAGGGCUGGCUGGCAGAGGUGGAGGGCAGGUUGCCCACGCGGCCCGAGCAGGCCCGGCGGCAGAGCGGCCUCUACGACGCCCAGAACGCGCCCACGGUGAACAGCUGCGCGCAGGACCGCGAGAGCCCGGAUGGCAGUUACACAGAAGAGCAGAGUCAGGAGACUGAGAUGAAAGUACCUGCAACGGAUUUUGAUGAUGAAUUUGACGAUGAAGAACCACUACCCACCAUAGGAACAUGCAAAGCACUCUAUACAUUUGAAGGUCAGAAUGAAGGAACAAUUUCUGUAGCAGAAGGAGAAAUGCUGUAUGUAAUAGAAGAAGACAAAGGUGACGGGUGGACACGAAUCCGAAGGAAUGAAGAUGAGGAGGGCUAUGUCCCUACGUCAUAUGUUGAAGUCUAUUUGGACAAAAAUGCCAAAGGUGCUAUGACUUAUAUUUAA